AUGUUUGUUCAUUUAUUAAAAAAUUAUAAUAUAGCUAGUUUAUUAAGAAGAGAAAAAAGUAAAUGUAUUUUUUUUAUAUACAUUAAAAGAACAAGUUUAAGUAGCUUAAAGAAAAAUGAUAACCUACUGAAGAAUUUAUGUAAUAAAAAUGUUAUUAAUAAUUUAGAUUCAUUAUAUAUUAUAGAAAAUUUAAAAUAUGUAUCUGAUAAUAAUGUUGGCAAAGAUAUUAUUAAAAUUUAUGUGAAUAAAAUAAAAUUAUUAAAUGAAAGAUGGAAUUUAAACAAAAUUUAUCUCAUUUUGAAAACUCUAAAAAAAUACGAUAUAUAUGAUGUUGUAUUAUUAAACAAACUAGAAAAUAUUAUUGAUAAAAUAAAUAUAUAUCAAAAAGCAGAGAUGGAUCAUUUUGAAAAUAUAUAUAUAAUAAGAAUAUCAUAUGUAUUACACACUUUUUAUUAUUUUAAUCACGCAAAUGAAAAUGUUGUGAAAAAGCUAAUAGAAAUUUUAAGUAAUAAACUAGAUUAUAUAAUUUAUCAUAAUAAUUAUUUUAACAACUUUCUUUAUAAGUUUCUUCAAACUAGUAAAAAUGAAAGCAAUACUAACUAUAAUUUAAAUAACAUAAAAAUAAAUGAUAUUCAUUUAAAAUUUGAAAAAAAAAAAAAUGAAAAUGUUUUUGUAAAGAAUAUAAGUUUUAAUGAGAUAUAUCUUACUCUUAAUAUUUUAAAAAAAUUAAAAUAUUACGAUAAAGAUUUUAUAAAUAAACUAAAAUUUUUGUAUUAUUUUAACGUAAUGGAUAUUGAUAAGACAAAUGAAAAUGAUUAUAAAUAUAGCACAUUGUUGUUUAACCAUUUUUACCAAAAUGAUGAUAAAUAUUUACUAAAUAUUAUAACAUUAUUUUUAUCUAAAAAUACUAAUAUUUAUAAUAUUCAUGAUUUAGUUCUAAUUCUUGUGACAGUUUAUUAUUCUGAAAUACAAAAAAAAGAGGACCAUAAUAAAUUUAGUAGCAACUACAAAAAUUCUAAAAUCAAACAAUCACAGGGUGAUAAUAUAAUUAAUAUAAUUGAUAGUAUUAAUUUUUUAAGUGAAGAACAAAAAAAAAAUCUUAAAUUUAUUCUUUUUUCUAUUUGCAAAUGUAAUAUAAAAAGUGAUGAUUUAAAUGAAAUUAUUUAUGAAAAGGUUUUAAAUUUACUAAGUCUUAAAUAUCAAGAUGAUUUAAAUAAAAGGAUUUCUAACUUCUCAAAAAAGGAAAAUGAAAAAAGUGAUAACAUAUUUAGAUCAAAUGAAGAUAAUUCCUUUAAAGAUAAGAAUAUUAAAAAUAUUACGAAUGAUUUACAAAGUUUAAGUGAAUUAAUAAAAAUUUCGAACUACUCUUUAAAAGAAGUAAACAUAUUAUAUUACAUAUAUAUGAAAAAUUUUGUAGAAAUUUUUAAUAUAGAAACUAUAUUAAAUAUAUUUAAAAGUUUUAUUUUUGUAUAUAACAUUAGUAAUGAAUCAACGAAGAAUUAUAGUAUAAAUUUAAAAGGAAGAAAUAGAAAUAUUAUAUGUUAUAACUUAAAUAAUUUAAUGAAUAUUGUCAUUCUAAUAAUUACGACAAAAUCUUUAUAUAGAUUAUAUAAUAUGUGUAAUAUAGGAGAAUUAAGCUAUGUACUUUAUUUUUUAUAUCAAAUAAGUAAUAUUUUUGAAAACAAAGUACAUGAAGAAUUAUAUUUAAAAAAAAUACAUGACCAUAUAAAUAGUAUUAUAAUUAUGAAAUUAAAAUUGAUUUUAAAGGAAAAUGAAACAGAAAAUUUAGAUAAUACUAUUACUUAUAAUAAUCUAGAAAAAAAUGAUGAGAAUUAUAUGAAUAAUAUUAUUAAUAACUCGAUUGAUUCAAAUGAAUAUUUACACAAAGAUGAAUUAUAUUCUAAAAAAAAAUACAUAAAUUAUGAAAAUAGCGAUUUAUUUAAUAAUAAAAUAAAUGUACAUGAUAGAAUAGUUAAUGAAGAAAAUUCCAUUGGCAAAAAUAGUAAAGAAGAAAUAAUUGACGCUUAUAGUAUAUUAUUUAAUUUGUAUAGUAAAAAAGGCGAUAACAAAAAAAUACUUAUUUUGCUAAUAAAAAUAUUACAAAAAUCACAAAUUGAAAAUAAAAAUUUACAAACAGGAAUAUACAUAAAUUUGCUAAAUUCGUUUGCAAAAUUGAAGUAUAGAAAUUUGAAAUUCAUUGAAAUGUGCUUAAACAAAAUUAAUGAGAAUUCAGAAAGUUUAAAUUUUUAUGAAUAUAUUAAUUUGCUAAUAUCAUUAUCUAAAUUAAAUAUAUUUGGUAUUAAUUUAAAUAUAUAUAAUAAUACAUUAUUUUCCUUAGAAGAAAAAAAAAAUAAUAAUAAUAAUUGUAAAUUUAUAAACGAAAUAUUUAUAAAUGAAUUUAAUAAUGUAAAAGGAUUUAAUAAUAUAGGAAUUGUUUAUAAAUUAACUAAAAUUUUUAGAAAAAUAAAUGAGAGUAUAAGCAAUUUUGUUUUUUUUCCUAAUUUCAAAAUAAUUAACAUUAUACCAAAUAUAUUAAACGCUUAUACAAUAUUAGGAUUUGAUAAAAUCCAUUUUAAAAAUGUAAAUAAAUUAUUAGAGUGUUUUCAUGAUUACAUUUUUAAUUACUUUGAAAACAAUAAAUUAGACAGAAAAAAUAAUAAUUAUAUUAAUGAUAAACAAAAUAACGAUGAUUAUAAUGAAAUUAUUUAUAAUAUUAACAAUACAUUUAAUAAAAAUCAUUACUGGUAUUUCAGUGAAAAAAAUAAUAUAAUAAUAACAAAAGAGGGUAAUGAUAGAAAAUUGUAUUUGCCUCUCCAAUGCUUAUAUCAAUUAUAUAUAUUCAAUAUUUACUUUAAUUUAUAUAUAAGAUAUUUAUUUGAUUUUUAUAAAAAUGAAAAAGAUAAUCAAAAUGCGACAUUCUGCAAUGAAAUAAGAGAAGAUUCAUAUUAUUUAUCGAAUUAUUUGCAUAGAACAAAUUUAUAUUCAAUGAACAAACAUGAAAUUAAUGACAAAAAAAAUUAUAGUUUUUUUAAUGUAAGUAAUAUUUUAAGUGAAAAAAGUGUGCACUUAUUAAAUAAUAUAAUUUUUUUUGCUAAGUAUAUAAAUAACUUUUAUAAAAAUAACUACAAGAAAUAUAAUCUUUAUGUAGAAUAUCUAAAUAGCUACAAAAAUUAUGAUGAAAAUAGUACUUUAAAGAAAAAUAAUGAAUUAAUUGAAUAUAUAAAAAAUUAUGAUGUUAAUGUUAAUAUAGAUAAUUCAGUAACAUAUCCAUCUAGUUUUCAUAGAGAUGUUUUUUCAACAUUAAAAUCAUUAGGUGUAAAGAAUAUAGAAUGUGAAGUUCCAUUUCUUGAUGGAAUAUAUACUAUUGAUAUUAUUAUAAAUAGUUCGAUAUGCAUAGAAAUUAAUGGUAACAAUCAUUAUUACUACGAUAAUAAUAUGAAAAGAUCAUAUGAAAAAUUAGAUUCAUUAAAUCUUAUAAAAUAUUAUUUGCUAAGCAAAAGAUAUAAAUUAAUUGUAGUUUCUAACUUAGAAUGGAAUAAUAUGAAAACAAUAAACGAAAAAAAAGAAUUCUUGAAGAAAAAAAUAGAAAUAUAA